CAAGCUGAAUCGAAACGCGGAUCGUCGCAGGAAUUAUGGUUUCGACAGGUAACGCAGCGUCAGAGUGCGGAACAGUCGCGUAUAGAUGCGGUUUGGUCAUUGUUUGAGUAUUUUAACACUGCUGAGAAAGACCCUGAUAACACUUAUGGUUGGCCACCGGUUCCAAUAGUUGGAAAUCAAUCGGGACGUGGUGUUUUUGCUUACAAAUGCUCAAAUAAGGGCCUACGAGAAAGAACAUAGAUGCGAACACUGUGUGAUAAUUAUUAAGAAAUAUUACAUGUAAUAGUUCAUGGCAUGAUACUGUAUAUAGAAUGUUUCUUUGUUUCUGUAUUUUAUAAGGAUACUUAAUCAAUUCUACAUUGAUUAUUGUGCCUAUUGGUCCAGUCUUGCUCGUUUCAAAUCACCAGGCUUGCAGGUAACGGACACCCAGAUUGCCAUAUUUAUAUUCCACGUAUCGAUUCUCCAAAUUUACAGGUGAUAACUCGAACAAUUAGCAUCAAAAGAAAAACAGCAUCGAGAGAAUAAGACGGAUAUCGAGGCGACAACGGCGUAUCCAAUGAGCAUCCAAUUCAGAAGCUACAAAUGCAAAUCCAGCUUGCAGCGAGAUCUCGCGAGAAAGAACAAGAAAAGCUUAACGUCCAAGUGACCUACUACCAAAUAAUUCAAGCCGAAACUACAAAGUCUACCCUGCUCCGAUUCAAGAACCGGUAUCACGACCAACGGUACGCACGAGCACGUGGCUGUUCGAAACACAACAACCGCUUAACCCAGUGAGGGAAGAAGACAAAAACUAAGUGUCCCAAAAAUUGUGAAAGAAACACGCAACAACGGAGAAAAAAUGUCAACAAAAAAAUCACCGACUCGAUUCGCUGCGAAUCGAUACAACCGAACAACCUCCAGUUCCCCGAUAGCACGAAUUCAAUUAUUCCCACAUCGGUACCGCCGCCGAGAAGUAUAAAAAAAAAAAAGAAUGAAUCCCAAAGCGAUCCCACCGACGGCCAACACCUUCGACGAAAGCAGAAAGCUCUGGCCGGCGCGACGAGGGUUAAGAAUCGGCGGUCGCGCACGUGGCUCGGUUACAGGCCAUUUCCGGGGAACGUCGCCCUUGGCUUGCGACAAGGUAGCCUCUCCUUGGCUCGUAGGUGUACGAUCCGACCUCUUAACCAUCCGGCAAGUGUCAUUAGUAGCUAUGGGCGGGGCCUGGGUGGCGAUACGUGGUUACAGGGAGCGCGGUUGUGUUGCAGCGCUCGCGGCGCGGCUCAUCAGGUUUCCACCUGAAGGGUGCAGCAUGACGCAAGCUUCGGAAGAGUGUGCGCGACGUCGCGUUGCCGCAGGCGUGACCUGUCGCGCGAGGUCCGCGCGCUAUUGGACGACAGGUUGUGUCGUGGGCGGAGCUGUUACGCCCGCAACUCGGCGCAAGCUCUCGCGCCCUCUUUCUCGCUCCUCUUCCCACCAGCGACGUUUGUCUCGCUCCCCCCCACAGGGCUCGACGCGCGGCUCACGUUACAAACCCGGUACAGUCCGGUCUAGUCUGUCGUUCGGUCACGAACCAGUCGUUUAGCUGUCUGCUUGCGACCCCCGCGUGAUUCGAGCGAUCGAAGGGAUCCCGUAACAGCUGGUCCACGCGAGAGUCCGAGCCCCCGGAGUUGUUGACACGCACGUGCGCGCGCGUGAGCUCUCCCUCGUACCGACGUAUACGCGUACACCGUGCUCGCCGGGGCCAACUCCUCCGUGUCACAUCUCGUUACCCUCGGCCACGGUCCUCUUUUUCGCAUGCCGCGAUCCGGUUAGACGCGAACGAAUGCCUUGGUGCCCCGAUCGUGACGCGUGUCGGGGACGAGUCGCGCGAUGGACGAUGAUCAGCCGCGGAAUAUGACUGUUCCGCGGUUGCGUGCCGCCGGCUUGUUGUUACUUGGUGCGGAAAGGUGAACUUGGUGGUGCACAGAACGUUACGGCAGUGCGUGUGGUCCACGAACGGAAGAGGAGGAACAAGAAGAAAGGGUGGAGGAAAUAGGGAGUUUGAGAAAGAAAUAGGAGGAAAAAGGAGAGGGAAAUGAUGCCGUAUCAGGUGGCCAUGGAUUAUGGGGGCUUUCAGCGACAAAGCCCGGUCGGGGUCGGUGUCGGUGUCGGCGUCGAUGUCGGCGGACCCCAUCAGGGGGCCGCUGGGGCGCUCAGCAUCAACCCCGCGUUCACGCACUCCUGGUUCGUACCGGCGGACCUCUGUGUCCCGUACAAACAGAGUCAGGGUCCUCUCCUCGAGCCAGGCAUCCUCGAGCUGCGCAAGGAGAAGAGCAGAGACGCCGCCAGGUCUCGAAGGGGGAAGGAGAACUUCGAGUUCUACGAGUUAGCGAAAAUGCUGCCAUUACCGGCGGCUAUUACCUCCCAGUUGGACAAAGCCUCCAUAAUAAGGCUAACCAUCUCGUACCUCAAACUUCGGGAAUUCUCGGGUCACGGAGACCCGCCAUGGAAUCGGGACGGGUCGCCGCCGAAUAAAUCUGUCAAAACUGUAUGUCUAGCGAGGUCGUCAGCAUCCGCUGCGGUGGACCACUUCGAAGUACACCAAGGAACCCACAUACUUCAAUCGCUGGAUGGGUUCGCGAUGGCGGUCGCCGCUGAUGGACGGUUCCUGUACAUAUCCGAGACCGUCUCAAUUUACCUUGGACUCUCACAGGUAGAAAUGACGGGAUCAAGCGUUUUCGAUUACGUUCAUCAGCAAGACCACGCGGAGGUCGCCGAACAGCUAGGCCUCGGAUUGACCUCGAGUAAUUCUUCCGGUCCGCACUCGUCGAGCUCAGGAUUAGCGUCGCCAAGUAGCGCAGCGUCCGAAGAACAUGGCUCGUCUUCCACAGCGAAUCCCGACGUGUCCUCGGUAAUGGCGUUAUCAUCGACUGGCCUUUACAAAGGAUACGAUCGAGCGUUCUGCGUCAGGAUGAAAUCCUCGUUGACGAAAAGGGGUUGCCAUUUUAAGUCUUCUGGUUAUAGGGUCGUACUGUUACUGUGCCGUUUGAGACCGCAGUAUACGUUUAGCCAUACAAGAAAGUCUGCGCCACCUUUGAUGGGUAUGGUCGGUUUGGCGAUCGCACUUCCUCCGCCAAGUGUGCACGAAAUUCGUCUCGAAACCGACAUGUUCGUCACCCGAAUUAACUUCGACUUUCGGAUAGCACAUUGCGAACCAAAAGUAUCCGAAUUAUUAGACUAUACAGCCGACGAAUUAACGGGGAAGAAUCUUUAUACGUUGUGCCAUGGAGAGGAUGCAAACCGUCUUCGAAAGUCUCACAUUGACUUGAUUCACAAGGGUCAAGUGUUGACACAUUAUUAUAGGCUGAUGAACAAAAGCGGAGGAUACACGUGGUUGCAAACUUGCGCGACCGUGGUGUGCAACACUAAAAACGCCGAAGAACAAAAUAUCAUUUGUGUCAAUUACGUCAUAAGUGGUCGGGAAUAUGAGAACUUAAUAAUGGACUGCUGCCAACUGGAAGACGGUGUAAUGGGUGUCAAGCGUGAGGACGCCGCUGGAAAUGAUCCAGAAAAUGGAUCACCGGAUGCCGACAGAGGAGAAGGUAGAAGCCGCGGUGGACCGCCUAAUCAGCAUCAGGAACAUUCGCACAGGUCUCCCCCCGAGGACCGCGAGGACGCCCGAGGCUCCGAGAGCGAGAAACGGAGCAACAGACACCACGACAACAUGGCGCAGUUGCAGCAAGAGCCCCAGACAGCCGUGGGGAACAUCAGCACCCUCGUGGUGAAGCUACGCGGUCACAAACGGAAAAUCCAAGAAGAAGACAGCAGCUCGAACGAGGAGGAGGAGGACGAGGAAGACGCGACGUCGGCGAAGGUCGGGAACAGCGAGAGGAAUCACGCUCUCAGCCCGGCCCCGUCGAAUCAUUCCAUUUCAGGGACUGAUCAGGCUCUCUGUUCGACCAGUCCCAAGUCCAGACGGGUGGAGGACAGAACGACCAAGGCGGACACGACGGGUACGUCCGUGAAAGAUCUGGAGCAGGCGAUGUCGAAGCAUCUGCCGGUGACGAACCUGAACAAGUCGCAUUCCCCGACGCUGCAUCAACCUACCGACUUCAGCACGGACGCGUUGCUGAAGCAGCAGCAACAGAGGAGCACGAUACAGUGGAUCGGUGCCCAUCACCACCUGGGCCAUCUGAGUCCUCAACAAUCAGCCACCGCGCCCUUACCAGCAUCAGCCCUCCUGAGGCAGUUGUACGCCAACAGGGAGAGCGUGAUACGCGCGAACGUCCACGGGAUCACUUCCAGCGGUACCACUCGCACCUCGUCUUCGGGUGGCACCUAUUACACCGGGGACACCACGCCCAGCGGACCUCUACCCACGCCACCUGGCUCGGAGGGUUCCAGCACCUACGGGGAGCACCAGUUCGUGUUGGUCACGCACAACCAGAAAGGCUCAACGGGGACCAGUUGCGCGGACGCUUUCACGAGUCUGGUUUCGUCGUACACCACCGCCGGCGGUUACACGGUGGACUAUCACUCGGCUAUGACGCCGCCGUCGUCCGUCUCGCCGCGGGACAAGCAACAACAGCAGCAGCAGCAACAGCAACAGCUGCACCCGGUGAACGUGAUAAGUAACUACGAGGGCUCGACGGCCUACGCCGAUCCCGUGCUACGCCAUCAGUACGAGCCGGCGCAACCGUUACCUUUGAAACCACAAGUGUAUUCAGCCGCCGUUCAUCCGAGCGCGUUGGACGCCGCGGCGGCGUACGCGUCGGCGGGACUGACGGAGCAAACGCAGUUCUAUCAUCAUCCGGCGGCUGGUGCCGGCUUUCACAUCUACCAUCCGACUAACAAGUCGACGACGAACGGCUGGUACAGUUCGACGUCCUAGUGGCGUGAUCCCGUGCGCGAGACACGUGUACUUAAGUAACUGAAAUCGAGCCCAAAGUCUCCUACUCCCAACCCCCCCACCCCUCCCCCCUUACAUGCAUAUCAGUGAUAUCGUAUUCACCUCGACGUCUCUGUGCCGAUCCCUGUGUCCCCUUUCUUCCUGUCUACGCGGUUCUCUCUUUUUCUUUGCGUUCCUCUAUUUUUUUUUUUAUUUUUUUUUUAUUUUACGCCUCAGGAGGAAGCGACCUUGACGCGAGCUCCUUGGUCCUCGUGUGAAUUUGGUGGGAUAUUGUCUACUAACGGUCGUUCAGUUUUCUAAUUGCCAUGGCGAUGGUUUUAAUGAGAUGUCUUGAAGCAUGUUGAAGGGGGCGGAUUUGUAUUUUGGAGCAGACGACAACGAUUCAUUGUUCUUAAGUUUCAGGAUCUCGUUCUAGUGUAGGGUAAAACCAUGCUUCUGCGUCAAAAUUUAAUUAACGCAUUGCGUAUGAUGAACAUUUUCGACGGAGUUCCUAGGUUAUCCUGUGGGAUUCUUAGUAAAAUGUUCCUCAUUAAGAUAAUAAUUCCCUUAAUGGCAAGAAGUAGCAGCAAGUAUUUAGCUUGGACCAAUAAACAUUCAUCCAAAGAUUCAUUGAAAUCAGAACCUACCAGUUCAUGGUAUGUCCAUGUUAGUUGCGCGGAACGAAGGCUGACUAAAAUGUCUGGCCCUAUACUGACCCUAUACCACUGUUACUUCCAAGACUGAUCCUUCUUUCUGCUUAGGCUAUAGUUAGUAGACAAUCGUAGUUUGAAGAAUUAAUUCAGGUUGAACAGGUCUAUUCAGUCCUUCACGAAAAGAGAAAUAUUGAAAACAAGUGGAAACUUGAUUUGAAAUCAAUGAAAACCAUCUAUCAAUUUCCUCUAAUCGUUUAAAAUCAAAUUAUGUCAUAUUCACAUUUGCUGCGAUGCUUAAUGUAUUACAUGGUCUUUAUGAAUUUUUGUAAACAUACGCAAUGUAUAAAUUAAUGAUGGGUUGAAAAUAUGCGGUAACCGUUCCCCUGUAAUCGCCCCGUAACACGCUUCAGGAUCAUUAAAAUCAACGAGGUCGUUAGCACGGUAAAUAAUUACCAUUGUUCUCAAACAUUUAUGCGUAAUUAAUUGGAAUUUAAGUGAUUUUCAAUACGACACACAGGGAAGUUUGAUGUCUUGUACAGCUAUUAAUUAUAUAUACAUAAUUUAACGAAGGUGGCAAUACUAUUUCUGUACAGUUACUUACACUAUUUUCAUUUAAUAGUAUUUAAUAUAAAGAAUUUUCUUACAAGAGUCACUAGGAUUUUGUUUUUUAGCAACUGUCGAGAAACAAAAUUCUACGACCCCUUCUGGGAAAAUCUUUAUACAUAUGACAAUGCUUUUUACUUUGUAUACCUUUAAGCUAUAUAGACGAAAAUAUCUUUCAACAGUUUGAUCAUUUAUUCAAAAAAGCGUAUUCUGGUAUAUAUUAGUUCCUGUCGCAAUAAUAAUUGUAAUUAGUAAUUAGAUGCGGAUGUAAAUAAACAAAGGUAUUGUAAAUAACCGUACACGAGUAAUAUGGCAACGUUCAAAUCGGUAUCGUUAAUUGAAAAUUAUAAAAUACAUCUGAAUAUUAUAAUCAAUCCUUAAGUAGACACCUGAGGUUAUUAUAGACCUUCCACUAUAGCGUAUUAUGUGCUACUCACUAAUGUAGAUUAACUACAUUUUAAUCAAUUCGAAAAGAGUUAAUUUCUCCAUUUACUGAACAAAGGAUAAGAAAGAGUCAAACAGAAAAUAAAUAUAACUCCUCAUGCAGAGAUCAAAUUUCCCUCGGGAUAAUGACCCUAAAUUCCAAUCAACUUGAGAAGACUAACACUUAAUCAAUUUUGUGUAAACUUGAUCAUUAACAGGUAAUAUUCGAAACACAGUUCAUACCGUCGAAACCCUUAUAUUCCAAGCUCCGUUUCGUCAAAAAAAAAAAAAAAAAAUGCUAACAAAUGUCGCGACCUCCUGUUUACCCAGGCGUUCAUUUUCCCCCUAACCCUGCUACCCCUUCGUCACCGUUUCUUUUCUCUUCUUCAUUUCGUCUUCGUCUAAACCAGCGAUCGUACGCGCGCAUCCGAUAUGCCAACCGAACUGUAAAAAAAAAGAAAAAAAAAAAAAUUAAUAUGAAAAACGCUGCUCUCUAUCUCGACUAUGUAGAACGACUUAUUGUAAUAUAACAAAAUAAAUUAUUAUGUAUGUUGACAUUUCGGAGAUGUUCGCGUGAGCGUGGUGAUAAUGGUGUUCACCGAAGACCGCCGUGCGUGUUCGAAUGGAAUGAUAAGGAUGGAAUUGUACGUUCGUUGUGACGCUCAAAAGGGAUGACGGUGAAACGAUGAUGGCUAUUGUAGUUAGUUGCGGCCGCGUGGCAAUGAACCAUGGCCACACGGUGUGGAAGUAACGAACAAAAGACAUUUUAAUCAGCGUUGUUCGCUGAGUCAGCGUGGUUGUUUAGCGAUAAUUACUCGAGAAGCCGUACUUGUCGUAAUUUUUUAUACUGUAACAUUUUGUUGCGUAAAAGACGGAAUGACUUUAGUGAAGUCGACAGUGCAAUCGUUACGAGUUUUAGCGUUAAUUUAAGAGGAUCGAAAUAGAAAUUUAAACAAAAAAAAAAAGAAGUUUACCUUGCUUAUACGAGAGAGAGAGAGAGAGAGAGGAGGAUAAGAGAGGCGUUGUUUCUGUACGUGAGAGUAUGUAACAUUAUCGAAGGGAAUCGCUAUCUCUAUUAAUUUGUGGCGGCGUUGUUUCGUGAUUGUUAACUUAUUUGCCGGCUUAUCGUUUCUCUUUAUUUGAUCGUUACUCGCGCGUUGAGAUUUCUGUUUUCGGUAUCGUUUAAUCGUCAAUGUUUAUACAUAUCAUGUAUUUUCGUCCGGCAAGAAUGAUAUCACUGCCUUACGAAAGAAUCUAAUCAGCGAUUUAUUCGCUUAGACUUUUUAUUCGCGGCAUGCGUCCAUUUCUGUGCGUAACUGCUUUCAGUUGAGAAAUGUUCGACGAAUGCAGACACAAUUUUCAAAGAGAAAGUUAAAAACAAUAUAUAUAAAUAUAUAUAUAUAUAUAUAUAUAUAUAUAUAUAUAUAUAUAUAU